AUGUCCACAGAAAAUAUAUCUGAUAUAGAGACUUCGAAGAAAGUCGACCAUCUAUGUGUCCUUGUACACGGGCUCUGGGGUAAGCCGUCGCACUUGGACUUUAUAGCAGAAGUACUCAGGGAGCAAUAUGGAGAGGAUCGUCUCUAUACCCUUUGCGCUGCAGAAAACAGCGGCAACUUCACCUAUGACGGAAUCGAGGUCGGCGGCGAACGGGUGGUGCGAGAGGUCGAAGACACCCUUGAGAAACUGGAGGCCCAAGGACAAAAGAUCACGAAAAUCAGCGUUGUGGGCUACUCUCUAGGAGGGCUUAUCGCCCGAUAUGCCAUUGGAUUACUCCAAGCCCACGGUUGGUUAGAUAGAGUGGAACCCAUGAACUUUACCACCUUUGCUUCACCUCAUGUUGGAGUACGAACGCCAGCUAAAGGCAUGGGAACAAACAUCUGGAAUGGGCUAGGACCGCGAAUGGUUUCUAUGUCGGGCCAGCAGAUGUUCAUGGUUGAUACAUUCCGCGACACCGGACGGCCUCUUCUCAGUCUUCUCGCCGACCCUGAGAGCAUUUUCAUCCAAGGGUUGAAGAGAUUUAAAAAUCGGAGCGUAUACGGAAAUAUUGUGAAUGACCGGAUUACAGUGCCCUACACCACCUUAUUCUCGAAAGUGGACCCGUUCCGGGACCUCGAGAAAAUCAAUAUUAAUUAUGUCGAGGGCUAUGAGCAAACGAUUGUGAACCCAGACGAGUGGUUACUACCGCUGGAACCCAAAGAAUCAGAGAGUUGCGGCGAGGAGAAGUUGAAUCGGCUUAAAAAUUUCCGCCAGAAUUUACCCUUCUACCUUGCUAUUCUUCUUCUGGCUCCUCCUGCUACAACUAUAUUCACCAUCUACUCUAUCAUCCAGACAUGCCGAAGUCAAAAAAGAAUCCGUCUUCACUUGGAAGGGAAGAACGGUCUGCUCUUUCAAAAAUAUAGGGUGCCCCUUCUAGUGCAAGAUAUGCAACACGUGGUGGAUGAGAUUGUGGAGAAUACCAAUGCUCUCCAAGAGCCAGCUUAUCUCUCAAGCUCUGACACCCAGGAGUCUGACUCAUCCGAUUCGAGAACAUCCAAGGUUCUAAAGGCAGUCAAGUGGAGGCGACGUUCUUCUGCAUCUUCGCAGCCUCUUAGUAUUGGGAAAACGGCAUCUGAGUUUCCUAAACUUGCAUUAACACCUGAACAAAUCGCCAUCAUUGAUUCUCUGGAUGCGGUGGGAUUCCGAAAAUAUCCGGUCCAUAUUCAUAAUGAUAGGCAUAGCCACGCAGUCAUCAUUCGUCGAGAUAAAAAGACCGAAAAUGAUGAAGGAAUUCAUGUCAUGAGGCACUGGAUCAACAAUGGAUUCGCGAUAUAG